GAAACAUUACCGAUGACGUCGGUAUGUGCAAUGAGGUCCCAUGAUAUCGCAAUGCAUCGUAAUUGUGCCAUCUCGAGCAUAAGUAAGCACCGCGCACGCUGCUGUGUCACGCUUCUCGAUCGGCCGACUCGAUCGCACACAACUCUCGCCAUCGGUGUUACCACGUUCAACGAUGUACAAAUGCCAGCCAAAUGUCGGGAUGAGUCCAUUCACCUACUACACGGCUUUCUUUGAUUGAUCGGCGGUCUUCGUUGUUCAUCGUUCGGGCUGAGAGAGCGCGAUCUAUUCGUGACGACUUCCCUUCACGAGUCCCUGCGCCCCGUACUAGUCAGAUAGUCUAUCUACGGACUACCUUCCCCACAAACGUGCUAUGUUUGAGUGCCCCGCCGCUGUACUAGCGAGGAACUCGCUUCCCUGCACGCCACUAGUUCUUCGGCUGCUAUCGUCGUUCGUGUGUUUUAUCAGCGCCAAUGACACUGGCGUGGUCUGGAAACCCUAUAAACGCAGGUUGCACGUCGGUUCUGGUCAAUUUUGCCCUCCCCCAUUACAUUGAUGUUCACCAGGCUACUCACGGUGACCCUCGGUGCGCUGUCAUUCAUCACUGAUGGCGCCGUUCCUUCGUGGGACAACCAUCUGCAACAUCCUCAAGCGAUUCCGGGACUGCAUGCCACCCAGGCGGGAUCGAGCGUUUCCCCGACGCCUGGGACGUACCGCAUCGUCACCCCGGACUACGGCUACGCCGAAAUCCGCACCUAUCGUAUCGGGGAGGCGCUCUAUGUCAGCCGCACCCUCGAAUACUCAGGGCCCUUCGGAUCGUUCGAGCUGAUGCCGAUGGACGACACGGGCAAUGUUUUUGGGCUCAGAAAUGUCGGGCAAGGCGCUUCCAUCGUCAUAGACGGUGAUAACAAAUUUGUCACGACGACGGACGACUACAAGCCGCAAGGAUUUACGAUGGAGCGCACUGAGACGGAGGGUUUCUUCAUUAUCCGCACUACUGACGGGACCGACCGCGUGUGGACACUCAACCCCGACGAAGGCCCCGUCAUGCAACGUAUCAUGCUCGCACCGGCUUGCGGAUCCGGAAGGAAUUCCGCCCAGCGUUUCAAGUUCGUCUCGCUAAACGCGGAAGAGGCCCCCCGCGUCGUCGGGCAUUCCGCCAAGUUCGCACAUGUGAACGAGUCUUCUUCUCCGAUCUCUCCUGGCCGGUACAUCAUCCAUGAGACAUUGUUACGUGGCGUCCUGCGCACGCUCGCUGUCGGUCAAGAAUUGUACACUAGCAACUCCACAAUCGCACCCGGGGACUACGGUGUCUGGUCAGUGGCAGGGGACGACAAGUCGGGAUACAAUAUCACUAACGUCGGACUCAACUUGCCCUUGAGCGUCACCCAGUCCAAAACUCUAUCUGCAAACUACGGCGUGGAAGCUGCCAAGUUUACAUUUGUCAAACGUGGAUAUAGCGGCCGCGUGGGUGUGGAAUUGAUGAACGGAGACGGUGUUUGGCAGUUGGACACUAGUCGAGGUCCGAUUUACACCCCGGUCCUCAUUACAAACAAGAUGCCCGGGUUCAUUCGACAGGAGUUUGAGUUCGUAGCUGUCGCACAGUGAUAUCUGGCCAUGCAAUCCUAUAAGGACGUUGCCAAUAUGAGUAUAACUACAUGGGCCCACUCCAAGUGCCGCUGAGUGCUAAUAGUGAAAAUGAGCUCUGUGCAGAGAAAGAGUUGGUCCUGUAGGACUGCGACGAGUUGCUUAGUUGCUUAGACGAGAGUGACGUCACGUAGUUGGGAAACUCAACGCGAUCACCUGACAUCGACAGCAGGAUCCGAGGAACAUGGACGGAGACAUCAGGAGAAAUAGAGUGUAUUGGCAUAUGUAUGUGGGAUGUAAAUUGACUAGGAGAGUAGAAGUGGUUCUCUAGGGGCGGCCGCGCUCGGCAGCUGGGAGGGGGUGA